UUGGAAGGAAUGGUUUGGUGUGUCACGGAGACAGAGAAAGAGAUAUUGAGUGUUGAGAGAAUACAGCAGUAUGUAGAGGACACUCCAAGCGAGAGAUGGAGAGGCGCAAUGUUGCCUUGUUCAUGGCCUACUGCUGGUGUAGUAAGCUACCGUGACGUCUACAUGAAGUACCGUGAUGGUCUACCAAACGUGCCUGAAAGGUGUUACAUUUUGCACACGACACGCAGAGAAGCUGGGAAUUGUGGGGCGGACUGGUUCCGGGAAGUCUAGUAUCUUCCAGACACUGUUCCGUACUGUAGAGAUAAGCUCUGGGGACAUUACCAUUGACGGGGUGAACACACAACAACUGGAUCUCAAAGACGUCAGACGCCACCUCGCUGUGAUUCCUCAGGACCCAUUCCUCUUCAGUGGUACUGUAAGGGAGAAUCUAGACCCCACCUCUUCUUACAGUGACGUGGAAAUUUUGGGAGUCAUAGAAAAAUGUCACCUCCGCCAGCCAGUCAAUAGACUCGGAGGACUCGAGGGACAAGUGUCCGAAAAAGGGAGGCAUUUUUCUGUGGGACAAAGACAACUCAUGUGUCUGGCUAGGGCACUUCUCACCAAAGCCAAGGUAUUGUGUAUUGAUGAAGCAACAGCCAGUGUAGACUUGGAGACAGACAUGCUGAUACAGGCGACAAUCCGCCAGGAAUUUGAGGACAGUACAGUGCUAACCAUUGCCCAUCGUAUCAACACCAUAAUGGACAGCGACCGAGUGUUGGUGAUGGACCAGGGUCGGGUGGUCGAAUUGGACUCCCCAGAAAAUCUUUUGAAAAACUCCCAGUCAGCUUUUUUCAGACUUGUACAUGGAGAAACAUACCGGGGACAUAAAAUAAACAAUAUUUGAAUGCUUGCCAACGCUAUUUUAAAAUAAAUGACGUAUUACAUUAAAUAAAAACUCUAGCUAUAUCUGAAGAAGUUUUUGUUUCAGUUUGAAUUGUCUUAUGAUAAUAAACCAAUGUUUCCUAUUGGCA